UGGCGCGGAGACGAUGAGCUGCGGAACGCACGGUGGUGAAGGCGGUGACCAGACGCCACAAAUGUUUUAAUUACGUGGAGGUCCUCGCGGUCUUAACCGAGCCUUUCGCGACGGUAGUGAAACGUCGUGACAUUACACGUGAGGAUUAACGGUUUUUAACGGACGUGUCGCGCACCGUUCGAGGAACAAACGCCGACAGAUGUUGAAGUUUAUCAAAGGCCAACAACCUACCGACAGAAACUGCAAGAGAAAGAAACUGCAAAAGGAUCUUUUUGCGUUUCGAAAGACGGUGCAGCAUGGGUUCCCAAACAAACCCACAGCCCUCGCAUGGGAUCCGAGUUUGCGGCUGAUGAUCAUUGGCACGGCAUCCGGCGCCAUCAAGGUAUUCGGUAGGCCAGGUGUGGAAUUCUAUGGACAACACACCAUCGAAAGCGGAGAGAAUGCUGUCACAAAGAUUGUUGCUCUGCCCAACGAGGGCCGCGUGGUUUCUCUCUGCGACGACAACUCUCUUCAUUUAUGGGAGAUCAACGAAAGUUCGGUCGUGGAGACCAAGUCGCUAUCGUUGGAGGGCAAAUUGAAGAAAAUUUCGGCAAUGUGUCUCGAAUCAAGCGGCGAACAUCUUCUUCUUGGAACGGAGGGCGGGAACAUCUAUCUUCUCAACUUGAAAACAUUCGUAAUGCCUGACAAUAUCAUUUACCAGGAUGUCGUGAUGCAAAACGUGCCAGACGAUUACAAGAAGAAUCCAGGAGCGGUCGAGGCGAUAGCGGAACAACCAGGUCACCCAGACAAUAUUCUGAUAGGUUACAAUCGUGGUUUAAUGGUUUUGUGGAACAAAGCGACUCCGGGAGCCCAACAGCUGAUGGGUUUGUUUUCGCGUGCGCAGACAUUCGUCUCCACGCAACAGCUGGAAUCUGUCCACUGGGUCUCCGAGACCCGUUUUGUUUCCUCCCACAACGAUGGAUCCUAUGCAUUUUGGAGUCCAGGCAGCGACAGCAUGUUGGAAUCGAGUACACCCUAUGGACCAUUUCCCUGUAAAGCUGUCACUAAAAUUCUCGUCUAUCCAACCGCAGAACUCGGAGAACUCGUUUUAUUUUCGGGUGGAAUGCAACGUGCAAGUUACGGCGAUCGUCACACCAUUACCGUUAUGGCGAAGGGGAAACAUGUUGUUUUUGACUUCACGUCAAAGGUGAUCGACUUCUUCACUGUGUUUCCUAAACAAGAGGAUGGGAAAGAUGCAUCUGAUAGUCCAGAAGCGCUUAUAGUAUUGGCCGAAGAAGAGAUAGUAGCCAUUGAUUUGAAUAAUCCUGAAUGGAAGAUGAUGGCAUUACCGUAUUUAGUAUCUCUCCAUGCAAGUGCGGUCACUUGUUCGCAACACGUUCCGAAUGUUCCUGAGGAAUUAUGGGAGAACAUUAUCGCAGCUGGGAAAGCGCAAACGGAACAUCUAUACUCGGAUAAACCAUGGCCUAUAGAUGGUGGAAUUAUUCUCUGUCAGAAAUCGGAAAAUGAUAAAUUAAAAAGCAGAGAAUUAUUACUUACCGGCCACGAGGAUGGAACCGUGAGAUUUUGGAAUGCGUCUGACGUUGCUUUAACACCUCUCUACAAGUACAAUUCAUCCAUUCUGUUUACUGGCGAACAUCUGGAUGUUCUUGAACAACCACCGGAGGAUGACGAGGACGAGUGGCCACCAUUUAGAAAAGUUGGAACCUUUGAUCCGUACUCCGAUGAUCCCAGACUUGCUGUGAAAAAAGUUUUGCUUUGUCCGCUGUCAUCGACAUUAGUGGUUGCCGGCACGGCUGGCCACAUAAUUACAACCACCAUAUCAUCCGAACCUGUAAACAAGGAAAUCAAAGCCAUCACGAUGAACAUCGUAAACGAUCGCGAUGGAUUUGUUUGGAAAGGCCAUGAUCGUCUUCCGGCGAGGACAACUAGUAUAUCUUUCGCAGUCGGUUUUCAACCACAAAGUCUUCUUCAAUUAUACCCGCCAGCUGCGGUUACAGCAUUGGCUAUGCAUAGCGAGUGGGGAUUACUUGCUGCAGGCACGGCUCAUGGUUUAGCUGUUUUCGAUUAUACAAGAGCGAAAGCUGUCAACGUGAAGUGUACACUUAAUCCAAAUGAUCUUUCUGGAGCAGGCGAUACACCAAUUUCUAGAAGAAAGUCGUUUAAGAAAUCAUUGAGGGAAUCUUUUAGGAGAUUACGAAAAGGAAGAUCACAGCGUCGAACAAAUGCCACUAGUCCAACUAGGAAUACAACAUCAGAAAAGAAGAAAGAAACGUCCAGUGUUGCUUCUUCUCCGAGUGGUGACCUUUCGCCGGUAGAAUUGAAGCCCGUGGAGAGACAAGUGGAAGCAAGGCCUGUAGAUGAUGCACUGGGGUCAAUGGUUCGAUGUUUAUAUUUUGCUAGAAGUUACAUUAUAAGCAUGCAAAACACGACGCCUACGCUUUGGGCGGGUACCAAUAACGGUACAGUUUAUGUUUUCACGUUAGCAAUUCCUGCUGGUGUUAGAAGAACAGAAGAGGAUGUAAAUUGUACAUUAGGCAAAGAGAUUCAGUUAAAGCACAGAGCACCUGUAAUUGCAAUUACAAUUCUCGAUGGGUCUAGCGUACCGUUGCCAGAACCAUUCGAAGCUGAGAAAGGCGUAAGUCCUGGUCCUGAUAUGGCUUCUCCACACAGAGUUGUAAUUGCUAGCGAAGAACAAUUCAAAAUCUUCAAUCUUCCAUCCUUGAAACCAUAUUGUAAAUACAAACUUACUGCAAACGAGGGUUCACGAGUUAGAAAAACGGGUUUUGCAAAAUUCACAUGCCCAAUCGAACCUGCAGGAACUCACGAAGAAACCUGUUUAUUGUGUUUGAGUAAUCUUGGUGAUUGUUUAGUGCUCAGUGUUCCCGAAUUAAGAAGACAGCUUAAUGCCGCUGUUAUUAAGAAGGAAGACAUUAAUGGAAUUUCUUCGUUGACGUUCACAAAAGCUGGCGAAGCCCUAUAUUUAUAUUCAAGUUCGGAACUGCAGCGAAUUUCAUUGUCUGCUAGUAAAGUGACAAAAGCGCACUGUGCAUUAAAUUUACCACCAAAUGCUAGAUCAUUUCCGGAAACUAACAACGAAGAAACCCAAGAACAAGGUGUGGUCGAAGGUACAGCAGAAACGGAAGGUGAUACAACGCAAGGAAGUCAACCAGAUGCGGUACAAAGAAUGAUUAUGGAGAAUGGUGUGGUGGGUUCUACCGGUGGUGAAGAAUCUCCGAAAGAAUCGUCUUUGCAACCCGCAGCAAGUACCAAUGAUGUGAACGGAGAGGACGAUCGUCAAGACUUAAGUUCUAUUGGAGAUAUAACGAUCGAUAGCGUGAAAGACCAUUUGCUUAACAGUUCACUUUUCAGAAAUGCAACGUCUUCCGAAGAACUUCAUAGUCGUCUUGCAGGACUUAAAAUGGAAGUGACUUCACGAACUUCAGAAAUUUCCACUCAAAAUCAAUCCCUAGUUGUAAAAACAACAACCGUUGUUUCGCAAACAACCAACAAUACUACCGCUAAUGGAGAGAUCGAAACAAGUCAGACAAAUGAAACACAACAAAUGAAUAGCACUACGGUAGAAAGAGAGAUACGCAGCGGUACUGAGACUACAACGACACACGCUACCAUCACUCUACCUCCAAACGUCGAGAUUAGUGCAGCUGACUUGGCAAACUUGGAGAUAACAACAACUACAGUGACUACCGAAAAGUCGAAAGCUCCAUUGGCAAGGCCUGAAGAAGUCGGUUCUUAGGAAUAUUCCAAAUUGUCCUGUACUCUACUCCCUGAUUUUAUGCUCUGUACACAGAGCCACACAAUAAUUAGAUUUUUUGUUACUUAAUGGACUCACGUGUACACAGCGGCGAUAGGUAGAAUUUAUAUAUCGUAGAUUUUUUAAAAAAUCUAGAUUUAUAUGCGGCAUUAGCAUUAGCUAUAAAUGAUAAACAAGUGAACUUCGAGUAUUGUAGCGACGAACCAAUCGAGAUAUAUUAACUGCCAAGAUUGUCGAUAUAUUUUACAUUUUAACUGAACAUUCUCAUUGCAUUUCUUUUAAUAGUCAAUUUCGUGAUUGAGCAAAAUUUUCGAUGGUUUAGUAGAACUAGGCCUAGGUAAUUUUAAUAAAAUGCAUUUUAUUUACAUACAAGCGUAACAAAUCCUCAAAGAAAAAUUAAAAUGUUUCAUGUUGUUUCAUCUGUAGAUCAAUCUAUUAAAAUAUAAUUUUAAAAAAUUUUCUAAUGCAGCAUUAAGAAAAAAAUUGAGGAAAAUUUAUACGAUCCGUUUCAUGGUGUGUAGCUGAACAUAAUUAAAAAAUUAUAGCUUGUACAAAGAAGCAAGAUACAUCACAAAUUGUGAACAUGGCAGCCAUAUUGUAACGCAACGAAUAUGUUGCGUCACGUCAUAUUUCUAAAUAAUAAAAGUAAAAAGUGAAAAGGCGACUUAAAUCAUCUAUAUAGUAUUUCGAAUAUUAUAUAGGCGUCUUGUGACAAAGGAUCAAAAAAAGAAAAAUAUGUAAGUAUGUUGAAUUGAUGCGCCUAACAAAAUAAAGAAAUAGCUACUUAAGUAGAAUUACGUUAUAAGAAAAGUUACAGAGAUUAAGUGAGGGACACUAUCAAUGGCCAUGACGUAAAAGAGGAGAGCCGUUACGAAUAUAUUUUUUAUUGAUACUUGUUAAUCGUUAAGUUUCCUUUUUCUUUGAUGGAAACGAUCAUGGUACAAUCGAACUAUUUCUAUCGAGCAGCAUUGAAACUCGCUGAAUUCAAUUCCGAUAUUAUACGAACAAAACAGAUGUAAUUGUGUUUUAACAUUACACGUAUGUAUGUCCCAUCUUUCUAGAUAAACAAGCUAUUUGUUAAUUAUUUUUGGUGGAGGACAAUUGCUACAUAUUACUUUUUACGCGAAUACAUCGUAAAAUGCUACAAAUGUACUAUUAUUAUCGUUAUAUAGUGAUGUACUACGUAGCUUGAUUUGUGUUUGCGACAGUACGGAUCGUAUUUAAGAUACCACGAUUUUGGAUCUCAAUAAAAUUUCGAAACACAACUCCGUUUCCCGGGGCAAUUUCAUAUUUAUCUUUUAUAAUACCAUAACUAACGAUUUUUUACAAAAAUGAAAACUACUAAAAAUUUUAAUAUAUUUUUACCGAAUGUGACAGACUGAUGCAUAAAAGAUACAUAUUCGUUUCUUCUUUUACAUUUAAUUAAUCAACCAUUAACUAUUUAAUCGAUCGACUAUUCACGUGAUUUCGAAUAAAAAGUUUUUCAUCCUUUAUCGUUCCUCUAGACUACAUGUGUGUUAAAAAUGAUAACAAUUUACUGUUCGUUGAUGCAAUUAAUGCGAGGCCUUUGUAGAUAGAUUUUAAUCUUCCUCUAAUGUCAUAAUUUCUCUUACCACCUUUUUUAUUUCUUUUAUUCAACCGCUUUGCGAAAUGUAUGUUUCUUGUACGCGGUUAUUACAAAUAAAUGUUAUACAAGGUGUUCCAAACAUCGACUAUGCACAGUUUUUUUUUAUUGAAAAUGAAAUCCUUAAUCCAUAACCAUAGAUCUAAACAUUUAAAAAGGAUAUUAAUUAGAAUAAAUUUGUUGUUUAUCGAAUCCACUUGAAUUUUAUUAUUCAAGAUCUAAUAUAGUAUUCUGUGCUGUUGGUGCACCUUGUACCGUUAAUUUUAUUACAAUUGUAAACUACAUUAACAAGGUAAAGUUAAUGAGCUAAGUAAGAUACAAAAUGUAUGAAAACGGACGUGCUUCUGCUAUUGUAAAAUUAUUUGUUUUUUACCUUGAUAAAAUAUUACGUAUUGCA